GAGGAAAUAAUUGUACGGUUCUGUGUGUUUUUGUUCUCCCGCAGCGGCAGAAACAGCAGAAAACAGCAGAAACAACUGAAUUAUCCUCGCUUAUUACAAGAAAACGCGUGAAAACACUCGUUUAUUUAUUAAUUUUUAUCACAAUCUGCGUAGUCAUGCCGAAGACAUCGGUGCUGAAAAUCAGCAGCGCGGCUGCGGUGAAGGUGGAAAACUACAGUCAGUCCCUUUAUCAUGAGGUGGAGAAUCUCUUCUCUAAUUACAUCCCACUGAAGAUCACACAGCUGGACGCGAUGCUCAGGGAUGACGCUCUCAGCAUCACUGACCUGUGCUCACUCCGGGCUCCGCUGGACAUUCCCAUCCCAGACCCUCCGUCUCCAGAAGAAGAGGAAAUGGAGACAGACAAGAAUGAAGACAGCGCUGAGAAGAAGAAGAAAGCUCCAAAAUGUGGCUUCAUCAAGGGGAACGAGAAGAUCAUGGCGCUCCUGGACAAAGUCAAACCGGAAAUUGUGGCUCUGAGAGAAACCAUCAUUAAUGUUUCCUGCUGGAUUCAGCUCCUCAUCCCAAAGAUAGAAGACGGAAAUGACUUUGGAGUCGCAAUCCAGGAGAAAAUCCUGGAGAGAAUCACCGCUGUGAAAACCAAAGUGGACGGUUUUCAAACAAACAUCAACAAGUACUUCUCAGAGAGAGGAGACGCCGUUGCCAAAGCCUCCAAAGAAACUCAUGUGAUGGACUACCGCUCUCUCGUCCAUGAGAAGGAUGAGGCCAUCUACAGCGAGGUCCGAGUGAUUGUCCUCGACAUCCGCGGCUUCUACGCGGAGCUUUACGACAUCAUCAGCAAGAACCAGGAGAAGGUGACCAAUCCUAAAGGAGAGGAGAAGCCGUCCAUGUACUGACCAUUAAGAGACGCAGAAACCCACAAAAACACGUCAGAGAAAACCUUUCAAUUCAAAAUCUGUUCCAGAAAACAUUCAAGGAAACACUUAAGUCUUUCUUUCUUUCUUUGCACCAAAUCCUUUUUUAGUUGUGCGAAUGUGACAUUUGAAAUAAAGAAAUAAAAACAAA